UUGCGUUUGCGAUUUGACGGAAACUGAGUCGUGAUCAUCCGGUCCAGCCGUGGGUGGAUAGCCUUCCCUAUUUACCUUCCCCUUCGCUGAGAUUAUUGUCGUGCCAGUUUGCCGAGUGGCUACAUGGACGACUGUUAUUCGCCGUUUUGGGGGUAACGUCUCUCGCUUGUUUCUCGACGUGUGUGUCAAAUAAAAACGUCUAGGACUCUAGGGACAUCCCCUGAGUGUUUGGACGAAGACCGACCGUCUUUUUCCCAGGCUAAGCUAACAGCAGCACGGCGGAACGGGUGGGGGAGGAUUUUUAUAUUUCGGCCCUCGGGAAGCGAAUAUAAAUACCGUCUCAGGAGUGUGUUGUGGAACAAUGACAAGCGCAGGAAGUAGAUCUAAUGGAGGCGAGCUUCUCGGAGGGGAAGACACGUCAGUGUAUGAGUAUCGGUUAAACAAUCAAUAAAGAGGUGUAAAGUAGUUAGGCUAAGCGAAGCUAUUGGCUAAAUUGAUCAAGGAAGUUGACUAGCCACAUUGCUAACUCGGCGACAAAUGUAUUACUGGACCAAGGGUCGUCUCAAACGUCUGACUUAUUAAUAUAUUUAAUGAUUCACACAACAGGCUGGUGAUGCGAAUUUUUAAAGCUGAAGUUUAGAAAGUCACAAAUUACCGUAGGCUUUAACCACAACGCUAGCUAAUGUUAGUUGGUAAACCGUUAGCUAGUGAGUCGGAGCUUGUUGUAAACAAAGGGUCCCAAGCUCCACCUGUCCACAGCAACGUUACACCUUGAGGUAUCGUUGACAUAUUGUUUGACGGACACCGUUGCCCUUUUUUUUAUAACGGUGACACUAAUUCUCAGAAAUGGAUUUAAAGACGGCAGUAUUUAACGCAGCCAGGGACGGUAAGCUCCGGCUGCUUCAGAAACUGUUGGAGAACAAAGAUGGACACGAGGUGACCAAGUUGAUGGGCGAGAAGACAAACGGGGCCACCCCGCUCCUGAUGGCCUCACGGUACGGCCACCUGGACCUAGUAGAGUAUCUGCUGGAGUGCUGCAGCGCUCCUGUUGAGGUCGGUGGGUCGGUGAACUUUGACGGGGAGACCAUCGAGGGUGCGCCCCCUCUCUGGGCAGCCUCGGCGGCGGGUCACCUGAAGGUGGUCCAGUCCCUGCUGGGCCACGGAGCUUCUGUCAACAGCACGACUCUGACAAACUCGACACCCCUGAGGGCAGCCUGCUUUGACGGUCACCUGGACAUUGUAAAAUACCUGGUGGAGCACAAAGCUGACUUGGAGGUGGCCAACAGACACGGCCACACGUGUCUUAUGAUUUCCUGCUACAAAGGACACAAGGAGAUAGCACAGUACCUGCUGGAGAGGGGUGCAGAUGUCAACAGGAAAAGUGUAAAAGGCAACACGGCGCUGCAUGACUGUGCAGAGUCGGGAAGUCUGGAGAUCAUGCGGAUGUUACUGCAGUUUGGAGCAUCCAUGGAGCAGGAUGGCUACGGCAUGACACCUCUGCUCUCUGCCAGCGUCACAGGCCACACUAACAUCGUAGACGACCUGACGACACACCAGCAGACGAGCCCCACGGAGCGCAUUGAUGCCCUGGAACUUUUAGGAGCCACGUUUGUUGACAAGAAGAGAGAUUUGCUGGGAGCUUUAAAAUACUGGAAGAGAGCCAUGGACCUCAGGUACCUGGACAGUAGCAACAUUGUCCAUAAACCAGAACCCAAGCAGCUGAUCAUGGCAUAUGACUACGCCAGAGAGGUAACGAACGGAGAAGAGCUGGACGGGCUGAUAUCUGACCCGGAUGAGAUGCGCAUGCAGGCACUGCUCAUCCGUGAAAGAAUCCUCGGCCCACAACAUCCAGAUACGUCUUAUUACAUCCGUUACAGAGGUGCUGUCUACGCGGACUCUGGGAACUUUGAGCGCUGUAUUAAUCUGUGGAAGUAUGCUUUGGACAUGCAGCAGAGCAACCUGGACCCCCUUAGCCCCAUGACGGCCUCCAGCUUGCUGUCGUUCGCUGAGCUCUUCUCCUUCAUGCUGCAGGACAGAGCCAAAGGGCUCCUGGGGACAUCGGUGUCAUUUGAGGACUUGAUGGGGAUCCUUUCCAAGAGUGUGUUGGAGAUUGAGCGGGCAGUCAAACAAAAUGGACUGAUGCCUCCUGACCCUGCACAGCUCAGCAAGGCCCUGUCAAUCAUCCUGCACCUCAUUUGUCUUUUAGAGAAGGUGCCCUGUACUGCAGAGCAGGACCACUUCAAGAAGGAAACUAUAUAUAAAUUCCUGAAGCUCCAGCCGUGUGGUAAGAACGGCUACAGUCCACUACACCUGGCAGUCGACCGCAACACCACCUGUGUGGGCCGCUAUCCCGUCUGCAAGUUCCCCUCCCUUACAGUCGCCUCCAUCCUACUUGAGUGUGGCGCGGAUGUGAACAGCCGCGAUGAAGAUGACAACAGCCCCCUUCACAUAGCCGCAUCCAACGGUCACCCUGACAUCAUGAACCUGCUGAUCUCAUGCGGGACUCACUUUGACAGCACCAACGCCUUCCAACAAACGGCCUGCGACCUCCUGGACGAGAAGGAGCUGUCCAGGAAUAUAAUCCAGCCCAUAAACCACACCACGCUGCAGUGCCUGGCCGCCAGGGCCAUCGUCAAGCACAGCCUCAGUUACCGGGGAAACAUCCCCGAGAAACUAGAGGCCUUCGUCUUGCUCCACAGAUAAUGAUUGUAAAGGAAUGGAUGGAUGAAAAGAGGCGGAGGUGUGAUCACGUGGCGUGGACCGGACAGACUGAGGAGCGCAAUAGUUCAAGGCCUGACUCGCAAGGUGUUUGAGGCACAAUUUUGUGGGUUAGGUCUGCAAAUUCAAACUGUUUGGAAAGUAUGAACUUGGAAGAUUGGUGUGAACAAAAAUGUCCCCAUUCAACCAGGAUAAACUGAAAAAUCGUAGUAAAUGGAGGAAUGAGUUACUGUUCUCUUCCUCAGUUUGCUCUUUCAUGGAGCCACAGCUCUGACUGGUCACAGCCUGAGCCUGGGGAUGUAUUACGAGUGGAUUGCAACAAGGACAAAUGCAGUUGUAUCUAUCGCUGGAUGAACUAAGCAAGGGGUUUACAUAUUUUUGCUUUAGAAAAAUUAGAUUUCGUUUUUGCAUAGUCCACUAUGCUAUUUAUUGAAUGAAACUUGAGAGAUUUUUCUCCAUGCUGGCUCCAACCUAGCCUCAACUUUGCCUGCUUCUCUCUUCUCAAAGCAAGGAUUGAGGCAUUUCUACAUAUGCUGGGACUUCAGGUUAUUUUUUUGUUUGUCCCAUCACUGUUGCCAACAGUCAUGGACCCUUCCUCAGUCCUCAUUAGGUUACUCCUUCUUUUUUUUUUUUUUUACUUUUUACAUAGCAUUUAGUUAUUGUCAUGCAACUCUGGAUAUCUGCCAAGUGGUGUGGAUUCUAGACUAAUUUGUCGUUCCCACUUUAGUGUAUAUCAAAGCUUUAAGAGAAGGGUUUAAUGUCUGCGAACACCAUAAGUGCUUUAUUCUUCCUAUGCACAGGCUAGGCUGUUGGAAAGAGAGACUGUUGUAUUCUGUGCCGGCACUUGUCUGUGCAAUAUCUCAUGAGUUUUUGUGUUUACCUCAUUGCUGCCGUUUCCUUCAGUAUCCCCGUACUUCACCCAGAGAAGGGGGGGGGGGGGGGGGGGAGGGGGAUGCAACACCAUUGUACUGAUUGUUGUAAGAAGAGCGAAUGAAUUUGAGUGCUUGUGUAUGUGUGUGAGUGCCACGCAGUGUGUUUGCAGAGUGUUUUAGAGCUUACACAAACUAUUGAGGACUAGAGUUUGGUGAAGUGGCACUCAUGGAGAUUCCAUAAUGCACGUGACUGCCACUAGAAACCACAGCGGCCAAACUCUGUUUCUACACCCGCUGGAUUGUGCAGGCUUGUACACAGAAGUGACCUCUUAACGUUUAUACAUGGCCCACCUUUAAAUGCCAUCAUUCUUUUAAAAAUCGUGAUCAAAAAGAGAAAAUCUAGGUAGGUUACCAACAUUGGUCCACUGUGCAUGUGCAGCAGCAUAUCAACCAACCAAUCACUGCAGAAAACCUCAUAAAUUCCUAGGCUACAGCUAGGAUGGGUCACACAUGAGUGGGAGGACACCUCGACGUACAGAAUAGUAAAGCUUUGUGAAUUAUCUUGUUUGCACAUUAGCUUUAGAUGUGUGGGUUGAAAAAAGGGCUUUUCAUAUUUCAUAGGAUUUCAUAUUGCAGUCUAUUUAACCUGACAGUUCAAAACCAGACUUAGAAAAUGUAUGAGGACUCCCAGGGCAACUUGAUUUGAAUCUGCACUUUACUACCGCGGAGUUAAGAUUUGAUAUGGCAUUAAUCAAGUUCAUGUCUUAAUACCAGUUUGACAAUAAACCCAUGUUGCACUUGU